AUGCAUUAUUUCGUGCCGCGUGCUCUGCCAGCCUUUUUCUCAAGAUAUCUCGCCAGUGCGGCUCGCUUCGCAAAUACUAUGGAGUCCAGCGCCGUCCAGAAGUUCCGUCCUGUUGUGGUCUCAGGCCCAUCAGGCACCGGAAAGAGCACUCUCCUCAAGCGCCUGUUCGCAGAGUACCCUGAUACGUUCGGGUUCAGCGUUUCCCACACUACCAGAGCCCCUCGCGCCGGCGAAGAAAACGGACGCGAGUACAACUUCACGACAAAGGAAGCGUUUCUGGAUCUUGUCGCACAGAAUGGCUUCAUUGAGCAUGCUCAGUUCGGUGGCAACCACUACGGUACAUCUGUCGCUGCUAUCAAGACUGUUGCGGAAAAAGAACGAAUUUGCAUUCUGGACAUCGAGAUGGAGGGUGUCAAGCAGGUGAAGCUGCGUAAGGAUCUCAAUGCUCGAUUUCUUUUUCUGGCACCGCCAUCGCUAGAAGAAUUGGAGAAGCGUCUGCGGGGUAGAAACACCGAGACGGAGGAUAGCCUGCAAAAGAGACUUGCUCAGGCGAAGAACGAGUUGGAGUAUUCCAAGCAGCCGGGUGCUCACGAUAAGAUUGUCGUUAAUGAUGAUCUGGAGAAGGCCUAUGGGGAACUGAAGGAGUUCAUUGUGGAUGGUGGUCGGUUCGGCGCGGCGCAGUAA